CGUCUGUCACGACCACGAAGGAGCUGUCAUGGUUACCUAGGUGGACCAAAGGGAGGACCAACAUGGCCGCCUAGCGUCUUCCGGUUGCACUAUUCCCUCUGACCCCACAAGGAUAACCUUGAAUUUUUCAGCGCUGGCCGCCGAAUCACGAUGGCCAAGUACUUGGCGCAGAUCGUGGUGAUGGGCAUGCAAGUGGUGGGCCGGGCAUUCACACGUGCCCUACGCCAGGAGUUUGCUGCAAGCAAGGUAGCAGCAGAAGCUAGAGGGAGAGCUGGGACAGAGUCAGCAGCAGUCAGCAGCCUGUCUGGGAUAAGCCUUCAGGAGGCCCAGCAGAUCCUUAAUGUUUCCAAACUAACACCGGAGGAGAUCCAGAAGGUUGUUCGAGCCAAGGAGCGAUUAGAUCAGGAGAUGGAAAUUCAGUCAAAGACACACAAGCCAAAAGAAGAGACAACACAGACGUGACCGUCAGUCUUUGCAGUUCAUCAUUGUAGCAAAGUGGUCGUUCCAUUGUAAAACUGUGCGGGCGAUGCUCUGACCCACAUUCAGACUUUCUCAUUUCUAAUUGAGACGGUAAUGAUUAUCUCUGAUGCUUGGUUUUUCCCCUUGACUGUCGGCUUACUACAUACAGACACCUUCAGGCUCUCAAAAUGCAUUGUGUCCUGCUUCCUGUCAUGUUUCAUUUGGAACCAAUCUGAAUGAUUUGAUACAGCUUCGGUUCUCUCCAGGCAAAUUGCCGUUGGCUGUCACCAAAAAACUCACAUCAUCACGUUUUGGAGAAAAGGUCGCCAGUCGCCCUCUGGUUUCGCCAAUAGACUUGGAGACAAUUGCUGUGUCUGGAUCAUUCCAUGUGACAUAAGGGAAGACUUGGUGCCAGAAUAGUGCUGUGUGUGAGCUGCAUUAUUGCUUGUUGUUUUUAUGGUCACAAUAAAAAGCCUCUCACUGAACUGCA